GGCGCGAGGAGGAGGCGGCGGCGGCGGCAGCAGCUGAGGGAGGAGCGGAUUAUCUCGCUGUCGUAGGGAGAGGGGACGACUCGGAGGCACGAAGAGGAGGAACCACAGACGAGCGAGCAGCAGCCACGCGGCGGCGUCGGUGCGUGUGCCGCCAUGGGCUACGACGCCGAGCGCUUUGUGGGGCGCGUCAAGGACGGGCUGCUGUGCUGCGUGUGCCGCGACGUGCUGGAGGAGCCGCUGCAGGCGCCCUGCGAGCACGCCUUCUGCAGCGCCUGCAUCCACGGCUGGCUCGUGCACAACCACACGUGCCCCGAGGACAGGCGGCCGCUGGACGCCUCGGAGCUGCGGCCCCUGUUCAGGUACAUGCGGAACGACCUCAACGCACUGCAUCUGCACUGCACUCACCGUGCGCGGGGGUGCGAGGGGGUGUGCGCACUGGAGACGAUCGCUAUCCACGAGCAGCAGUGUCCCUACACCCCAACACCUUGCCCACACACCGGCUGCGGCGCAGUCCUGGACAGACAGAACGUGGUGGCUCACGCAAUGUCGUGCCAGCUCGGAGAGUUGAGCCCAGAUCUCAGUGACUACGUGGGCCUGGAGGCCGGGUCUCCGGUCACCAAUCCCCACCAGACGCUCUCCACCCUGCACCUUGUUCCCGAGCUCCGCGCUGAGCUGCACCUGUUGCGAUCGGAGAUGGAGUGCUGGGUGGGGGAACUGCGCCAUGAAAUGGAAGCACGCCUCGACUCCCAGCGCAGGCACAUGGUGCAAAAGGAGGGUCUCCUCAUGGGCCACAUCACCGAGCUCAAGGGUGAGCUGUGCCGCGCCUCGCAGGAGGUGGCAUCGCUGCGUCGUGACCUGGAGCGCCGCGACCGCCAGGAGAGCCGUGAGCCACUCGCCAUGCGUGCCACCCUCCCCCCGGCUCCCCUGUCGGCCGCCUUGACCGUCUCGACGGGCGCGUCCCCGGCCUCCGCUGCGCUCGCCGCGCCGGCUCCGUCGUCUUCAUCAUCAUCGCCGGUGGUAGCGAUGUCGCCGUUGUCAUCGUCUUCAUCCUCAUCGGCCCCAUCGCUCGCGGGCAGGAUGGCUGCCUUGAGCCGCUCAGCCCCCGUUCACGGUGGGAACGUUAAGCGACGUCAGCAGGAUAUCGCGGUGGUCUAGGGUGACCUCGUGCCACGAGGUCACCUACAUGCACAUGUGAGUUCGCCGGAGGUAGUGGGGGGCAGCUCUCGGGGGUUUCUGUGUCCAAGCAAUGAAACAAAUUCCAGAUUCUCAGAAAAUUUUACUGGGUUUACAGUUUUACAGAGAGUAAUCAAGGAAGACUCAACCCAAAAGACAAGUGAUGUUAGUUACUUACAUUAUACAAACAAUAUCAAUCUAGAAUCAUGGGGGCAGUGAACGUCCUCGUGUACAUUACCCUUCAUGCACUGGGCUCCGCCGAUCAACGUCGCAUGACGUCCUCCACACGGCACGACGUGGCUGGGACCAUGAGGCAGGCGAUGUGUGAGAUAGCUGGAAUUGGGGCGAUACCCAGGAUACCCAAAGUUAUCGCAUUGCUAAGUUGCUGACAUCGCGAUCUGUUUUUGGGGUCCCCGCUGUUACCCAGGACUAGUAGGCACGCAUAGCCUGUUAUGGACUGCCAACAGUACAUAUGCAAAAAAUAUAAAACUGUGCAUUCUUUACUCGUAUACCUAAUUACUAAUACCAAAGUGUAAUGUAUUCUAUUAACUAACAAGUAGGCUCUUUUAUAUAAGGUGUGAAACAUUGUAAAUGGGAUAUGCAUGUAGCAUUGAAUAAGAAUGAAUCUUUCCCAUUAGUCUGCACUAUUUUUGGUCACGCCUCCUUUUAUUUGUAAAUCAUCCGCGCGUUAAUAGCCAGGAAAGCCUCACCGAGGAUGGUCCUGCCUCGGGAUGUUUGGUCAAUUUCAGGAACGAGUGUUUGACACGUGGAACACUCAAGAAAACCCACUACUCAGGUUACGGGAAAAUACUCCAAAGAUUCACAGAGAUUGAUUCAAUUCACCAAUUUAAUUAAUGUAAUUACCUGUGGACCGUAACCAUUUGUGUCUUGUUACUCCUGCUCACCUCACAGCCCCACACCUGUAACACCUGGUAUGCACUGAUAGUCACUCAUCCCAGCCCAGCACUAACCAGGCACAACCCUGCUCAACUACGCGUACCGAGACCUGUCCGGAUCUAAGUGCUUUCAGGGUGACUAAGCCCGUAGCCAUUUGUCUUCCUCUGGAGGGGACCGAGAUAAUCCUCCAGCCUAACUGAAAGGGCUUCUUAGUUGUGUGCGUGUUUUCAAGUCACGUUUGCAAUUUAAUCAUCUGCUCUCGUCAAAAACUAUCCUUGGGCCUUUGAACAUCCACUGCAUAGCAGCUGGCGCACUCCCAUGGUUUCACACAGAAUCACCUGGGUACUGGCGUGAGCAAUGGGAUGAUUUAACUGCAUGCCGACCAGGGACUAAUGUGGGGCUCCUUUCUCAUUACAGGUAAAGCCAUGGGCCACAUUCACAUCGUGGUAAAACGGCAAACACAAACACAUUCCUGCGGAGGGAGCUGGUAGGAACGUUGGGUUGCUCGGUCAAUGGCCAGGGUCACCGGCGGCGUGGUGUAUUCCGCAAAUAUGCCCACUGAUUCGGAGAUCACUCCCAGUCUUGUGUCACGGGGCAACUCAGUCACCCAUGUGCACAGCUGAAUUCAUCGCAAUCUGCAUGUGUGACGGGCCCUUUGAAGAAAGCUGCAAGUUGGCAGUGGUACAUUUUUGGUCAUUUAACGGUGCGGUUGUGGGCCUGCUGUCUGUAAGAUCCAACUGAUAGUGCCAUUAUUAUAGAGAUUUAAUCGGUGAACUUGCAAAAAUACAAGUUAUAAAACUAGAGAGCAAAAUUUAACUUCUGUCAUGGAUAUGUAACGACAGCUGCCAUUCACCACUAAAUGGCAGGGAUGUCACCAUGGUGCUUGUGCCAGACUUGGUGCACCGUGAGGCCAUGUGAAGUGUUGAAGGUUUGCUGGCAGGUCACGGGGAGACCCAGGUGCAGUUCCGCCUCGCUCACUCUGCUUGUUCUGAAGCGACUUUAGCAUCAACUUGUGAGUCACAGGAGUCAAAGGAAAGAGAGGUAGUCCGGUUCAUGAUCUGUGUGUGAUUUGAAAAUGACCCUUGGUUACGUUUGCUACGGCUGCCUUAAGUGAGCCGCACGGAGGAUUUGCUGUGUCGGCCCGUUGUGUGUGAGACUUAGCGAGCGCCGUGACACGUCGUUUGAAGCCUCAAUUACAUCAUAUGUCCGCUCUGCUCAGGCUCCUCCACUGUUGUGUAGAUUGUGUUCAGACUGUGGGAUCGACAAAUCCACAAGGCUGCUGGAGAUUCUCUACUCCGGACUUUGGGAACCAGAGUGGGGAAUACCAAUAUUUAAAACACUUUAAAACAUAUCUUAUACGGACAUAAUAUGUUUAAGAUAACGUAUUAGUUGCAAACUAUAGUGUACUUAUAGUUAUAACUUUAUUUUAUAUAAUUUGGGUGUUACAUGUCACUUGUCAAGCAAUUUUUUACUUAACCAAGUUUGCCAGCUUUACGGUCAGGAUGCAACAAGGCUCCCAUUAGCAAGACCAUAAGUUCUCCUCCCAGUCAUCAUCAACUUAAUCCUCCCUCGGGGAUGGGUACGAGCCCGUUAUUUUAGGGCAGUUGUCCUAUGGAUAAACUGGGCUCAGGCACGUGAUUGUGGAGUUUCCUCUACUGGCUCAGGACCACAAGUGAAAUUGAGAACUGGUCAUUUAAAAUAAUGCUCUUGAGUUUUUUUAACCAUGUGUUUAGAAUUAUAUACUUUAGAGUGGUUAGAUGGUCAGGACAAUAUUAUAAAAAUCCAAUCCAAUUUAUGAAGACGAUGGGAUUGAUGCUUUGCUUUGACAGAACCGCAUUUCCACAGAUUGCCACGAACAAAGUGGCCAAAUUAGAUGGCAGGCAACUGCUGCUGCUGACUGGUUAACACAGUAGGCGGGGAUUAGUCGGAACUGGGGUCCGCACGAGCUGUUUUAACAAAUAACAUCUUGCAGGUGGUGAAACAUAGAGCAAUAACAUAAAACAUCCCCAUGCUCCAGUUACAUUUUGGAUGUUUCGUCAGACUGCUCAGCCAAUGAGGCAGAUUUUUGGAAUGUUCCAGUUGCUAUGGUGCUCUUUUAAAAUAUUUGAAUUGUUAUAUGCAUUGUUGAGUGGAAUUAAAAUGCAUCUUCUUGAUGAGAA